AUGGCUCCACCACAGUCGAAUUUACACCUUUUCGGGGGCCUUGCAUCGGAUGAUACCGAUGAUGAAGUCUGGCAGUCUUGUCCCAGACUCCGCGGCUUGACCGUCAUCAUCGACUACGAAACCCGCCUGGCAAUCACCGAGGCGGGCGAGUACAACCUCGGCAACAACCCAAUCAACACCUAUCUGACAACAUGGGAUCCCAACUUCAAUUUCAGCUCAUUACCGGCAACCGAGACAAUGGCAUCUAUGCCGCUCAAAUGGGGGUUGCUUUCUUCCAACCCCAUGUACACGUUUGACGAUCUUCUGUAUGUCAAAGACAACUUCAACUACACUCUUGCCGAUACCAAGAGCGCCCCAUUCAAUCUGUCAAGCACCCUCAGCACAUACUAUGGAGAAGGGGGUCUCCAAUUCAACAUAAGCUGCGACGGCAAAGAAGAGGUCGCCUGGAUUGGCUACCUGAUCAAUAAAAGCUGGUGGCCGAAUAUGGGCAAUAAUCAUUCAUACCCGGACCCUGUUCUCAACCUGCAAUUUGAUGGCAAUACCGCCAACUUGACAAUUGAAGGAUACUUUGACGCUACUCCUAAGCCUACCGGCAACCACACCUUCAAUACGGUUGACAUCGAGGCCCACGGCAACGUGAAGAUCACCUUCUUGGGGACCAUCGACCGCUAUCACUCCGAUGUGCUCGUGAAUGAUACCUCCAGGCCUACUUGGAAAAGGACGGUCGGCUUCAACAACAAUACUUUGAACGUCGGAGACAAAAGCUCGAGUACGAAAGCGAACGGAGCUCCCAGUCAGCAGUUUGGGGCUUGGGGGAUUGCGCUUGGCUCAGCAUUAAUGUCUUUGGCAGUCGUCUACCUGUAA